CAAGCAAGCUGCUCAAGCCGAAUGGCUGGGCUGAAGUAGCCAGUCGCAGCGACCUUGCUUCUUUAUUAUAUGCAGCGUCUGUCGUCUGCGCGCUCACGCCCGCCGUAGUUGUCGCUGAGCGCCGACGGCCCGUCACCUGUAUGUUUUACAACCAGAGUGCGUCAGUUGUGCUAUUCCCGUUGGGCGCUUCCAUUCCGUGUUGGUGACUUCAGCGCGCCGUGCGAACCGACUAGCUGCGCCGCCGCGCUCACGGCUGCGACGCUGCACUGCUCUUGCAGUGCUUACCUCCCAGACGCCCUGACCAUAUGCCCUGACCAAAGAGAAAGGAAUCAUUUCGGCGUUGACGUACUCGCACCAUGGCGUGUUGUUUGCUAUCGUGGCUCCUUUAUAUGGGCGUACCGGGGCUCAUGGCCUUCUUUGCGUGGCUCAAGCUAGCCGACGCCGACCUGACGCUUCUGUUCAAGUCGAAGUUCGGACGUUCGAUAGCAACCUUGAGAGGAAAAGUAAUAUGGAUCACAGGAUCAUCAAGUGGCAUUGGCGAGUACCUUGCAUAUGAGCUGGCCAAAGUCGGAUCUCGUCUAGUCCUCUCUGGCACCAACCUGGAGAACCUAGAGCUUGUAAAAAAGAACUGCCUUGAGUUUGGGAAAGACAAAGGGACAGAAGUCCUUGUUCUCCCAUUCAGCAUUUGCGACUUCUCGUCACACAGCGAGCAGCUUCAGAAGGUUCUGGACCAUUUUGGCAAGUUGGAUGUCCUGGUUAACAAUGCUGGCCGUAGCCAGCGAGCCAACUUUGAGGAGAUUCCUGUCGAGAUCGACAAAGAGAUGUUUGACUGCAACGUCUUCGGUGCCAUAUCUCUUACACGGUGCGUUGUGAAGUAUUUUAAGGAAAAGGGUGUGCAAGGUCAUGUUGUGGUCACCAGCAGCACGGCUGGAAAGCUUGGUGCACCUUUCUCAGCCACUUACACUGCUUCCAAGCAUGCACUCCAGGGCUAUUAUGAGUGCUUGCGCCUGGAAGGUGUGAUUCUGGGAGGUUUAGAUGUCACCAUCACCUGUCCGGGACCUGUAUUCUCACGUAUCCGGGAGCGUGCAUUUACUGCCACCCCUGGCAAGCUGUACAACAUGAAGGACACACCUAAGUCUCGACUCAUGCCCACCGAACGCUGCGCUCAGCUCAUCGCGGUUGCCAUAGCCAAUAAGAUGGACGAAGUUUGGAUUUCCCAGAAUCCCAUCCUGCUUACCAUGUAUUUGGCACAGUAUAUGCCAUCCAUAUUCAGAAACUAUAUCAUGAAGUUGCUUUUCACAAAGGAGAGGGUGAUGAAGAUGAGGGAGGGCCAGUAGAGCCGCUGAAACAUUCCAGUGGCUGGUUGUUGUACAAUAGGUGCGCGUAUGAUGGUUGUGACCUAGUUUAUCAUUACAUGUUUGCUCAUGCUCUUGUACCAACACUGAAGCACAGAUGUCAGGUGCAUUUCGAAGCAUCCUGCAGGUACAAAACAUGUUUAUCGAGCUUAAUUUAAUGUGUAUGUGUGUGAGUAAGUGUAGCAUAUGUGCAAUUUAUUACAUACUGGUGUAGAUAUCUUUUGGUAAUGUCAUGAACCUGAUAACUUCAUGAGGGCAGUUCUACAUUUAUAUGAAAGUUGUAUUAAUGACUGAUAUUGUUGCUGAGAUACCUGUUUUUAUACAGAAUAAAAUGCAGAGUUCAGAACCUCAA